CUGUUGUUAUAACAACGGCGUUAGAUUUUGAAGUCAACUUUGUUAUCUUCAGCAAUCCCUAACCGCAUUAAGUAAAAAACACAAGAAAUUACACAAAAAUAUUAAAAAAUGCAAGCAAAUCUAACUAAAACUUUAAGCAAUUUGUUACAAAAAAGUAACACUUGGUCAAGAUGUUACUCAACCAAAGCAAAAACGGUGGGACAAAUUGAGGCUACAGCUCAGUCCAUAAGUGAUAAAGGUUUUCUACGGCCCCAUAAAACUUAUGAGGCACCAUCUAAUGUUGCCGAAAAGGUGCAGGCGAUUUGCGCCUCUUUGCAAAUAUCCAACAAGCAGGAUUAUAAUCUCAAAAGCUUGGAGGAAAAGUUUAAAUUUCUACAAGCCUGCUUCACUGAUUUCCAACACAGUGUACCCAAUUCACAAGUGCAUGAAUUGAAGACAGUGGGCGAUGUUAUCAAAUUUUACGAAACUUCUGUCAACACCACGGUUCCCUAUGAUGCUUUAAAACAAAUGCAAUUACCCGAAAACUUGCAUAUACAAUAUGAUUAUGUGCGUUUUAAUCCCGAGAAUGAUACGAAGUUUAAUGGACAAACUGCUUUCCCUAAGAGUUCCACUUUAGUGACCGGUCUUAAAUACCGAGGCAAAUAUGAGGGUCACGAAGCAAAACGUUCUUGGCCUUAAACUAAUAAAAAAAAGAAUUGUCUAGUUUUUGUUUUUAUUGAUAAAUAUUUUAAAAGAAUUAAAAUUUCAUUAAAUUUUCCACAGUGGAUACCAGAUUGGAAUCCAUUAAAGAG